AUGGCCGCCGGCGCCUUCUUGGAACUCCUGGAGUGGCUUCGAGAGGUGCUCCUGCAGGACGCUGUCUUCCUUCGCGAGUCCUACCCCGACCAUCCUAUCUUUCAGGAUCCGGUCUUCUCUUGCCCCGAGUUUGAAGCGUUCGCCAGCAAAGUUCAAGACACAUGCACACGGGACCACGAAGACAGCCAUACCACGGUCAUUCAAAAGCGAUCCCGGUGGUUGCGGAGAAGCUGCGCACAUUGGAUGAGUUUGCGCAGGCCACCUACACCGUCACCUUCAGCCCCGGCCAAGGUGCUGCAGGUCAACAUGCGGAGAUCGCGGAGCUCAUCAACAGAGGCGCCGCGCUCCACGAGAGACGGUCCUCAGGUCCGAGAUAGGCCCUUCGCAAGCGGGCGGUCCGACAUACGCUCCGCUCUCUGA